AUGGAGGAGAGCAUCGGCGGCAGCGUGACCGUGGGGAUGGAAGGCAGCGACGGCAUCGGCGGCAGCGUCAACUUAGGCACUGCAGGCACGACGGCGGCGGGAACAGGUGGCAGCGCGGCGGCGUUUGGCGUGGCAGGCACAGCAGGCACCGUUGGCACGGUCACAGCGGGGACGGAAGGCACGGCGGGCAUUGGUGGCAGCGUCACCGCGGACACUGCCGUCAUCGGUGGCAUGGUAACCGCGGGCACGGUGGGGACAGCCGGCACUGUCGGCUUCGGCAGGGCUGGGAUGCCCGGUACAGCAGCCGGUGCGGCAGCGGGUGCCGUGAUGUCGGCGAGCAGGCGAGCCGCGUGGCAAGUGCCGCCGCUGCCUAGGACUAGCAUGAGCGCCACGACGAGGGCCACUGCUGGGAGGCUCGAGGUGGAUGCCAUUGGUGAACCUUUGCUCAAGUGUCAAGAGCUACUGGCGCGCAGCAGUUUCCAGGUGCAGUUCCGGUUGUCUUGUGAAUUGCGAUGCAAGAAGAGACGAGAGAUGGUCAGCGAUUUAUAG